AGAGCAUUGACGACAACCAUCGUCAAAGCAGCGAACGGAUAGCGGAGAGUACGAGUGAUAAGCGUAUGCGCUUGAGUCAACUAUUUUACACCUCGUUCUGUCUUUUGAAAGUCAGAGCAGAUGACGCGGUUUGCGGUGACCAUCAGCUCUGGCGCUCAUUUUCGAGACUGGUCGCGGAGCGUGAAUGCGCUUGCUAGGAUUUCAGACAAGAUAUUGAUUGAGGCAAAGAAAGAUCAACUGAAACUUUGCUGCUGUAACUCUUCGAGAUCUGCGUUCAGUUUCAUUGAAUUUCAGGAUGACUUUUUCGAGCGAUAUGUAUUCAAGCCAACGCCGCUCAACACUCCCGGCAGAUCAUCUACAGGAGCAUAUGCCUCCUCUACGCCAAACUUCCAGGCGAUCAACAGAGUACCUCAGAGCAUCGCGAUCGAGCUGCAAACCCGCUUCUUUGUCUCGAUCUUUAGACGGCAUGAGAAAGAUCCGAGCGUCGAUCGCUGCGAGCUGUAUCUUGAUAACGUAGCAGCUGAAUGUCGACUUGUUGUUAUUUUGCACUGUAAGCAUGGAAUCACGAAAACGUAUCGCCUUUCAUACGAAAAUGCACGCGCGUACCGCGUUCUCCACUCACUAAACGACUACCCGAACUCUUUCUCUAUUCGAGCACGUGUUUUACACGAAUACAUAGAACACACUUCUGCCCGAGCGGAGGCGUUCAGUAUCAAAUUUGCGCGCGACGAGAUCGUGCUCACGAGCUUCACAGAGAUUGUCCGAAAGUCUGCUGCUGAAGUGCUGAAGCAGCCGCUGCAGACUGCGAUUCAUGUCAGCAGUAUUGACUUUGAUGAUGUGACGGUUGGUGAGGAUGAGGAGGCUGUAUUUAGCUUAAAGGAAUUUAGAACACUGGUUAUGCUGGCAGAUAGCCUCGAUACAAUAAUCCAGGGAUCUUUUGACGCACCUACGUUACCGAUCGUAUUCCAAUUCGAAACCGAAUCGAUGAAAUGCGUUUUUCUCCUCUUUACAGGUGAACCCAGUUCCAGUGCAACCAAUCAAUCUACAACGAGUGCUGCCGUCCCGCCACGCCGUCCAGUCGGAGGCGGCAUUCAAGCAUUAGCGAAGCGCAUUGCACCUGAGGUAAGAGAAGUAACUGUCGACGACUCAUGGACGUUGCGGGCACAAGCGCCCGUACGUGCUCGGGAUUACGACGAGAGCAGGCUUACCGAGGAACCGGCGCUGUCGCCUGUAAUGAGACGCAACCGCGCCGAGGAAGAGAGAACUAGUACAAGAAGAGCAAGGACACCUCCUUCUCGUGACGAGAACGAAGCGGAACGAUCGAGAGCAGUUACCGGCGCUGUGGCGUCUGCUACAACAUCUGCUCCGGCUCCUACGACGACAGCGAUUGACGACGCAGCGACAGCAAACGCGCAUGAUACCUCGAAAUCUGCCAGCGUAUCUGCUACUUCUGCCGCUGCUGCUGCUGCUACAACAUCGCUACCUCCACCUCUCCUGCCACGGCUUAACUUUGCGUCGCCAUUCAGGGGCCGAACUUCGCAGCAUAAUAGUCAUCUGCAGCAAGAAUCACAUCCAAGCCAAGAACCCACGCAAAUCAGAGAAUCAGUACAUCCCGCAGACACGUCUGAUGCGAUCGUAUGGGGCCGCGCGACAGAGGUCUCCGGACGAGGAAGAGGUGGCGGCGGUAGAGCAGGGGCCGAGGCUGAAGAAGGCGGAGGAUAUCAGGACCCUAUGAAGGCUUUCUUGCAGGCGUCUCAGGAAGAAGAGGCUGGGGAUACUGCGGAUGCGCGACCGUCUCGAAAGAGGAAAGCAGCUGCGGGAGCGCUGGCGUCCUCGCGGAGGAGAAGUGCACGGAUAUCCGGUGGCAGCAGCGGUGAGGCGAGGGAGGUUGUUGGUAAACCCGCUGGCCCGCGGACUUUGAUUGACGAGGAGGAGGAUGAGAACGACGACGACAUGGAUGCUGAAAUCAACGCGCUGCUUGAGCGCGAGCAAGCGCGCGCCCUGGAGGCGGAAGUCGUCGAUCUUGACGAUGGUGAGGAGAGCGGUGGCGAGGAUGAUGAUGGGAACCCGUUGUUUGCGGGAGAAAGGCAUCGUGAAGGAUGGCGGGAGGUUGUGAUGCCUACACAGUUUCCUUCGCAGGUUGACGAGAUUAAACCUAUUGAGGAUCUGUAAUAUCAUUUGCGCUGUUGUGAUUAGCUGGAUUUAUACGCACGAACAAUGUCGAUACAAUGACUAUAAAAUUAUAAUGUACAC